UCAUUAAUUCCAAAACUCAGCCUUCUAUUGGCCGAAAUCCGUCACUCUUCUGCAUAUCUCGCAAUCCACGCAUCGCUGCAGAUCAUUUUUCAAUCGGAGAAUCAGUGGCUUCCGUUUUCUCCAUAAUAUUUUGUCUAAUAAGGUGAUAAAAAAACUAGUUGACACAAAAAAAAAAAAAUCAGCAGCGCGAUGGUUUCUUUUGAAAUGAAUGACCGCAAGAAGAUUGGCCUAGGCUUGACUGGAUUUGGCAUAUUUUUCUCAUUUAUGGGAAUUAUUUUCUUCUUUGACAAGGGAUUACUUGCCAUGGGAAAUAUCCUCUUUAUCUCAGGAGUGAGUCUGACCAUCGGACCAAAAUCCACCAUGCAAUUCUUCAUGAAACGUCAAAAUUUUAAGGGAACUAUCUCAUUUGGUGCGGGCUUCUUUUUUGUUGUCAUAGGAUGGCCAAUUAUCGGCAUGAUUCUGGAAUCAUAUGGGUUCAUUGUGCUCUUCAGUGGCUUUUGGCCUACACUGGCGGUGUUUAUGCAGAGGAUACCUAUUCUUGGUUGGGUGUUCCAACAACCUUUUAUUAGAUCGGUCAUGGAUCGUUAUCGCGGCAGAAGAGUUCCAGUUUAAAUACUCCGAGAUGUACAACUAAUCUUUGAAUAGGUCCACGUGUAAGCGCUGUAGACAAAAAAAGAAGAAUACUCUAGCUCCAGCCCUUUAAUAUUUUUGGGUUUAGGGAUGGGUGGCUGUGCAAUUAUGAGAUUGAAGAAAGGUUGAACCAAGCUGCAUAUAGGUCCAUUUCUAAGUCCUUGUAAAAAAAUAUCUCCAGGAUUUUUCUUUUUGGUUCUGUUUGCUGAAUGUAGAAAGAUUCUAUUCAUUUGUGACGAGCCUUUUUCUGUCUUUCUAAAGGUAAAAAAAAAAAGAAAAGAAAAGAAAUUUGUUCAGUUUAUCCA